AAUGGAGAAACUUUUUUGAGAAAUAAGUUAUUUUAGAUAUUUUCAUCUCCUUUCUUAAUGUAACCUCAUCAGAAAACAGCUUACUUCUCUCAAGUCUUCUACUUGUAAUUCUUUUCCUUGCAUUUAUUUGUCAGCCUAUUAUUAGUGCAUUCUACUUGUUCAUCUGUCCCUGUUCAUGUGUAUGUUGUAUUUUACUCCAAAUAAAACUGUUCUGUUUUCAAACAUUUAAUCUUUAAGGAGCUGGGUUUUUUAAUAGGAAUGUUUUGUAUAGCCAUUUUUAAAAUAUCUGUAGGAAUGGGUGGCAGAUCAGCAAAGAAUCUUGCUAGAAAUUAGAACAUGUAAAUUGCAGAAUUGUGGUGCUUAAAGAUACACCACAUCAAACAGCUGUAAACCAGUGUAGCAGUGGCAGGGCUGGGAAGUGGCCAGGGGGUGGUUGUGUUACAGAAACUGGCAUUUAACAGUACUUGUCUCAGGAGCUGCUUGAACUGAAAUGGAUCGUUUUUCUUCAUUCUUUCUCAGACAAGCAAGGCUGUUAAAAUUGUUCAAGCAAUGAUGCCCCGUUCAAAUCUGCCAUACACUUGCAGUCUGAGUUCUCCUGUUUUCUCCAAGUUUAAGUUCCCAUGUUUUGUAUAAGUUCUCUUGUCCUUUUCCCCCCACUGGUUAAGCAAGAUUGCUUUGGGAUAAUGUCCUGUGUCUGUCUGUAGCAUGAUAUUAUUGCUGUAGCACAAUAGGAGGGCAUUAUGGGGUGACCUACUCUUCAUGCAGUGGCAAUUAAGUUAAUGAAAGGUAUUAUUUUGCCCCUUGUACAGUCAUCUAAAAGGUUAAGUUCUUAAUAGGGGUAUACCAAACAGCUUUCUGGCUUGUGUUUGCUCAGAGCAACAGAAGUACUUUUCUGGGUGAAUAUUGUGGGGUUUUUCUUUGUAAUAACACUCAUUUUAAUGAGAUCACUUACUAUUUCUAAAAGAGCAGGUAAAAGAUGAAGAAAAACAAAGAUUCUUCUACUGCGCUUCUUUUCUGAUAGAUCUUUGACUGAUGGUUUAGCUAGAAUAUUGAUUCUGUGAUAGGCAUUCAUUAUCUGCUUAGAAACAAUCUCAAAAAGAAAGUAGACUGUCAACUCCAGUAUAUGACUAGGUCUCAAUGAAAUAAGUUGCCUGUUGAAAAGCAUUGUUACAGACGUUGUCCCCUCAAACAAGGCAAAUCUUGUAGAGAGCUGUGCAGUGCAAAAUUGAAACACUGACUUUGAUUUCCUGCCUUGCAGAUUGCCACUUUAGCGAGUAUGAGAUCACUGUGAUGCUCACAUUGGUUUGUGUUGCAGAAUGGCUAAUUAAAGGGCUUUUGUGGAGCUCUUGAUGGAAAAUACAUGAUCUUUGACAGGUGAUAUUCCUGUCAAAGAAGACCUAGAGCAUUAUACGGUAACAGUUCUCUUUUUGUUAAGUACAAUAUUUUGAAGAUGGAGAUGACAUAUGAAUCUCUCCUGGCAGUGUCUGAUAUUUCUAAAAGUUCACUUCCUUCCCUGAGGUGUAAAUUCUAAUACUGCUUUUACCAGCCUUUGUUCCUUGUACUGUUCAAGUAGACAUCAUCCAUUUCUUCCACUUCAGUUGUUAAGUCCCUAGUUAUGCCUGAAGGGAAUGUUUAAAAAGAAAAUUUCUCUGUAAUUGGCUGGUCUGCAGGAAUCAAGUAUCUUUCAAAGCUGUGGUUUUCGGGUUUUUGUGUGUUUUUUAUUUUAUUUUUAUUUUUGCUUGCAGACUGAAGAAUAUUUUUUUAUGGGAACGAAAUUCAGGCAGCUCAGCUUCGCUAGUGUUGAAUCUGACAGCCAACAAACAACCCUAUGCACUGACAGUGACUUCAACUCAGCUGCUGGUCAUUAAUAAAUGAGCCAGCAUUGCUGCAUGCUCUUCAUGGGACUGUAUAUUACCUGAUGAUCCUUAACUGUUUUUAAAGUACUCAUUAGUCUGUUUUUCUCUUGUGGAUAAUAGCCAUUUUUUAAAAUGUCCUAAGAUGAAUACUAAUAUAUAUUGACACUUAGCCUGCAAGUGCACCUCUUUAUUUGAUAAGCUAAUAUUAAGGACAGCUGGUGUUUGGACAUUUCUCAUAUACCUUACCUUUGGGAAACCCAGUCAUCUGCUAGACAUUUAGAUUUCAAUCCAGCCAAAAGGUUCAUAAGAUUCCUUUAUUUGAUUUCCCUUUUCUGGCAUUAUCAAGGUCAGCUCUUGGCUUCUGUGUGAUACCAAAUGCUGGCAGACCACAGUGAAGUGACUCUUACUGCUUCAGGAAGCAAAUGUGAAUCAUCUUGCAGUGUCAAGUGGCUGAAUGGAUCAAGCUUACAAAUUUUGAUCUGUUCUAGGAGGAUUUGCCUUCUAAAACAUGUUAAAACCAAUUUAAUUUGAAGCUGAGUUUUUAUGUAAGCAGGUAAAAAUUGUUAUUGAAAUUAUUAUUGUAACUGUCUUUGAGCAAAGAAGGUGCCUAGGGAGUUACCCUGUGACUGUUGAUUUUGACAAUGUCCCUGAGAAAGCAUUGGCCCAGGAUUCCUGCCCUGCUCUGGCUGCCUGCAGACUCUCUCUGAAAGCAUCUAGAUGUGCCCUCCUUUUGGAUAUAUCCUGUAACAUUAGGCAGCCUAUUUGGAGUCAACUCUUCUCCAAAUAAAGGAACCUGUUAAUGUCUUGGAGUGUCCGUGGUAAGCCAUGGUGAUGCUGCGUAGUUGGUGCAGGACUCUGGCAGAGCAGCUCACGACUGACAGCUGCUGGUGGACAAGGGAUCUGCCUGGAGACCUCCCCAGACUGCAGGCAAGCUUUGGCAGAGACAGUGGGAACUGGCAGGAGACAAGCAGAAGAACUGACUGAAUAGGAUUCAGGGGUAUACCCAUGAGACGUAUUUCCGUGGCUAGCUGGCAUGUUGCAGUUCUGUGGGCAAGACAAAAACUGCUAGGGCAUUGCAGAAAUGCCAUGAGCACUCUCAGAACUGUAGUGUGGAAGGCUCUGGCAAACCCUGAUGUUUUCCAGUGACAACCUUCAUUUGUAGCACCACUAAGACACACCAUGAAGAAUGAAUUCACUUACAGGCGAUGCGUCUUACAGUCACCUUUUCUAGCAGUCAGAAAAGUGAUGUCCCAAUUUGUGACUUUGUUACUGCAGGUGGCUGGUCAGCACAUCCACCAGAGUGGUUCUGCUGGGCUCGACAGCACUGCACGACACACUCUGCCCUUUGGGCUCGUGUCCAAAGGCCCCAUAGUGGGGGUUCUCACCUGUACUUACAGCUGGCACUUGGCUCGUCCGGUGCCUAAUGGGGUGCUGGAGCAGCACUGGCAGGGAGCAAAUUGCUGGUGCUGGAGGAACGAGACUGCCAGCAGUUGAGUGAGUCUUACUCGUAAAAUGGUCCUGAAAGGUACUAUGGAAAAAACACAUUUAAACAGAGGAAGGAAGCUGAGUCCUUGGAGUUGUUCAGCCCCUUUUUAUUGCUACAGAUGCUGCUGGCAGCCUCCUUCACUAGGAGACCUGUCUGAAUUGGUUGAGCUCAAUGAGUACCUUGGCAGGGGCCCAAAUACACAGGGUUCAUGUUCAGACUUGGCACCCCACUGUGCCUUCAGACGACCCAAAGGCCUCGUAGACCCUUCUACCUCCACAGUGGGCCACAGACACCUUUUCCCAGUGACCUUUGUAUAUAUUUGGUCCCUGCUGCUUGAAAGUGUUUUAAAACAGCAACUCUUCAGAAAAGUUCAUCUGCAGCAGUGAGGUUUGAGCAUGAAGGUAAGUGAAAAGAGACUGGGCUAUUUCACACUGUCACACACAUGCAGAAUAUGUAGAGGGAGGGUAGUAGUGCUGGAGGGUCAAACUUGAGUGUUGUACUCAAGUGUGCAGCGUGUUGGGGACCUGUGUGGCUGAUAGGGACUGUUUCAAGGCAACCUUUGGAACUGGGCAGCGUGCUGGACUGGUUGGGGUGAGCACUGGAUCACAAGUGAUGUGGUGUCUGAGGACCCGUUUAUUCCUGGCAUCCCUUGCCCUAGAAGUCAGCUCUGACAGUCCUAAUGGUGUGGGAAUCCCUUCUCUCUGCUAUCGAAUUCAAACUGGUACCUCAUGCACAUGAAUGCCACUCAUAGGGAAGGGAGCCCUGUGGAGAAGGAGUGUCCCAUUUCCAAAACCAGACUGCAGCCCCAGUGUUAUUUUCUCACAGUGUCAAGUUGGCAUGUGAGUUGAUAAAAAUCCCUGGGCUCACAUCCUUCCCAGAAGUGCCAGUCAAAACCCAAGCAGCUAUUUACCCAAAGUACCAAUUUUAUAGUUCUGUGUGUGUCUAUAAUCUAUUUACCAGCAUUCCUACUUCAGUAUGUGCCUGUUAAUAAGAUUAGUAAUUAAAAAGCUUGAUAGGAAUUGGCAAGCAUAGCUCCUCCGCCUCUCCCUCCCCUCCAAGCCGGACUGGCGUGGAGUGUGAGGCAGGGUUGGCAGAGUACCUGAGGGAGUGAAGGCAGGAAGGCUCUGCUGAAACCUCUGCCUACAAGCAGGCAAUGGAGAAAUCCCGGCCGCUAUGGGACAAUCCCCUGCAGUUUGUUUUUGCGUGCAUUUCCUAUGCCGUGGGACUGGGAAAUGUAUGGAGGUUUCCCUACUUAUGUCAGAUGUAUGGAGGAGGUGGCUUUUUGAUCCCAUACCUUAUCAUGCUGAUUGCCGAGGGGAUGCCACUGCUCUACUUGGAGCUGGCUGUGGGGCAGCGUAUGCGUCAGGGCAGCAUCGGCGCCUGGAAAAUGAUAAGCCCCUACCUUUGUGGUGUUGGUGUUGCCAGUGUUGUCGUCUCCUUCUUCCUCUCCAUGUACUACAACGUGAUAAACGCCUGGGCCUUCUGGUACCUUUUCCACUCCUUCCAGGACCCCCUGCCAUGGGCCACCUGCCCCCUCAACAGCAACCGCACCGGGUACGAGGAGGAGUGUGAGAGGACGUCAUCCACCCAGUACUUCUGGUACCGGCAGACCCUGAACAUCUCUCCAUCGCUGGAGGCCAGCGGGAGCGUGCAGUGGGAGCAGGCGCUCUGCCUGACACUGGCCUGGCUGGUGGUUUACCUCUGCAUCCUCCGUGGCACCGCCUCCACUGGCAAGGUCGUCUAUGUGACAGCCUCUUUGCCAUACUGUGUUCUCAUCAUAUACCUCAUCAGAGGAUUAACACUUCAUGGAGCUGUGAACGGUCUUGUCUACAUGUUCACACCAAAGCUGGAGCAGCUGUCAAACCCCAAGGCGUGGAUCAGCGCUGCCACACAGAUCUUCUUCUCGCUGGGCCUUGGCUUUGGCAGCCUCAUUGCCUUUGCCAGCUACAACGAGCCCAGCAACAACUGCGAGAGACAUGCCAUCAUUGUCUCACUCAUCAACAGCAUCACCUCCAUCUUUGCCAGCAUUGUGACCUUCUCCAUCUACGGCUUCAAGGCGACGUUUAACUAUGAGAGCUGUAUAAACAAGGUGAUCCUGCUGCUGCUGAAUGCUUUUGACCUGGAGGAAGGCUCUUUGACAGCGGAAAACCUCAGUGAGAAGAAAGACUACCUCAUGGCCACCUACCCACAGGAAUAUGCCCAAUUAGUGCCUCAGAUUAAAAACUGCAGCUUAGAAGCUGAGCUAGACACGGCUGUCCAGGGGACAGGACUGGCGUUUAUAGUCUAUUCUGAAGCGAUCAAAAACAUGGAGGUGCCCCAGCUGUACUCUGUGCUCUACUUCUUCAUGCUGCUGAUGCUGGGCAUCGGCAGCAUGCUGGGGAACACGGCUGCCAUCCUCACGCCGCUGACCGACAGCAGAGUCAUUGGCGCCCGCUUCCCCAAGGAGGUGAUCUCAGGUGUUGUGUGUUUCAUUAACUGUGUGAUUGGUCUGAUCUUCACCAUGGAGGCUGGAAAUUACUGGUUUGACAUAUUCAAUGACUAUGCAGCCACCCUCUCUCUGCUGCUCAUCGUGCUGGUAGAAACAAUCGCUGUGUGUUACAUCUAUGGGAUAAGAAGAUUUGAGAAAGAUCUUUACACCAUGAUUGGACGCAAGCCAAACUGGUAUUGGAAAAUUAUGUGGGCCUUUGUUAGUCCUCUGCUAAUUAUAAGCCUAUUUAUAUUUUACCUCACCGACUAUAUCCUCACAGGAACCUUGCAAUACCAAGCGUGGGAUGCCACACAGGGGCAGCUGGUGACGAAGGAUUACCCAGGCUACGCCCUCGCAGUGAUUGGGCUGCUGGUGGCAGCAUCCACCAUGUGCAUACCCCUGGGGGCACUAAUGACUUUUAUAAGGAAGAGACUGAAGAGGGAAAGAGUUUCAACAGUUGCAUGAAUGCUGACAGCUGGAUUUGGGAAGACCUUACCCCCCGUCAUCAGUGACAGGGCACUUCUGGAAGACAGCAGCAACCAUUAUUUGUAGCAGCUAUUUAUAGAGUUGAGAAUGGUGGGUGCUAUAUUGACCAAAAAGUGCUCUUGGGAGGUUCCACAAUGGUUUGGAGAAAAAAAAGCUCUUCUGUAACAAGAUGAAGCUUUAAAAUAGCCUAUGUAUGAGAGGGGGAAACCAGAAGAGCAGCUCACAAAAUGCUAGUUAGCACAAAUUAACCAGCACAUCAGCCCAUUACACCAUGUUAGGUAAUUCUUUUCCACUUUGUUGUAGCACUGCCUGUGCAGAAACAUGAGAAACCAACUAAGCAUGUUCCUGCACCAAAGUACCAGCAAAUAUCCUUUACCCAUUCAAGACAGCUGCACUUAAGAGUGCACUUUAUUUCAAAUGACAUCUGUACUUCAUCAACAGAGGAAACUGUUGAAGUCUGCCACUGAGAAUGUGAUAAUCCCUUUCCUACAUGGGAGAAAUCAGUAGCAUGGUAUCAGGAGAUAAGUGUGGCCCACAUGGCUUAUUUUAUACUGGUGUUCAGCAAAGCAGUUCAUAUAUAUAUAUACAUAUAUAUAUAUAUAUAUAUGCAAACACAUAUAUGAGUUGCACAAGUUCUUUCCCCCCAAGAAGUAAGCUUCCAAUUCCAGUACAUAACUGUGCACUGUGCUGUACUUUGUAUUUUCUAGGGAUGCACUUUAAGUACACUAGAAGGUAUCUGUGAUAAAGCUGCUUUAUGAGCCCCACCCAAACAAAAGUAUGCCAUAUAAUUAGCUUUGACA